AUGCACGCCUUCGUGACUGUGGGUACAACGAAGUUUGACGCACUUAUCGAAGCGUUGGACACGGACGCAUGUCUGUCCGCAUUGGUUUCUCGGGGGUUUACGUCAAUUAGAAUGCAGAUUGGUCACGGCAAGCACGUGCCACGCGCUUCGUUCUCUGGGUUACUGAUGAGUUACUAUCGACAUGAUCCGCAAUACAAGCGUGACGUGGCUGCGGCUGACCUGAUUAUCAGUCAUGCGGGUGCUGGAUCAAUUAUGGAUGGCCUUGCGCUUGAAAAGAAACUUGUAGUUGUGGUCAAUACAAUGCUCAUGGACAAUCACCAGAUCGAACUAGCCGAGGCCAUGGCCGACCACAACUUUUGCAUUCAGACUACUGUACAGGGACUUCGCGGCGUACUCGAAACUGGAGAUUGGGAUCAUUUACAAUUAUACCCCCAACCAGAUGAACAGGCUUUUCCUGACUUAGUAGACGCAGUCAUGGGUGUAGCUAAGGCCGAUAAGGGGCAGUGA